GGAACCGGAAGUUGAUUGAAAGAGCCGUGGUGAAAUGAAUCAUUUUGUUUUAGUUGGAGGACUGUGUGUUUAGGUUUUGUUGCUGAUAACCGCUUUCUCCCGUCGUUACUGUUCUUUGCUUUGUGUUUAUCAUGGCCACUGCUGCGUCCGAUUAUACAGAGGCAUUAGAAAAAGAACUCAUUUGUCCCAUCUGUCUGGAUUUCUUUGAGGACCCAGUUAUUUUACAGUGUGGACACAACUUCUGCCGAUACUGUAUCCUCCUUCAUUGGGAAGAGAACGGCAGUGACUUCAGUGGAUACCAGUGUCCGGAGUGCAGGAGGACUUUUCCUGAGAUAACAUUCACCAGGAACUUUCUUGUUAAGAACCUUGUGAACAAGCUGGAUGACCUAAAUGUUUUUAGGACUAAAGAUACAAAACCUGCCCAACCACCUAAAGAAGACUUGUGUGAAAAGCACCAUGAAGAGCUAAAGCUGUACUGCAAGAAAGAUGGAAAACCUAUAUGUGUGAUUUGCAGAGAAUCUCGUGCCCACAGGCGUCAUGAGGUUGUGCCUAUGUCAGAGUUCAUUGACGAUCUAAAGGCUGAACUUCAAAUCAAACUGAGUAAACUAACCAGUGACAGAGAUGCCUGUAACAGGGCUAAGAAGAAUGAUAUGGACACUAGCCAGUGCAUUAAGACAAAGAAGUCUGCAUUAAAACACAGAAUCGAAUUGGAGGUUGGAGAUCUUGUCCAAUUCCUGCUGGAUGAAAAGGAUGAACUCUUGGCAAAAUUGGAUGCUGAAGAGGCAGAUGCUCUGUUUACAGUUGAAAAUAAUUUAGCUCAGCUGGAGCGUGCAAUAAAUUCAUUAGAAAAGGAGAUUGAUGACAUACAAAGCCAUCUCAAAGAGAGCAAAUCUGUUAAGGCUUUGAUGGAGAUAUCUUCAAGACCCUACGAAAAACCUUCCAACACACGGCCCACAGAAAAUUCUGCACACUGGGAGGAAUUUUCUGGGCCAAUUCAGAUGAUCUUCUGGAAAAGAAUGAUGAGUGUGUUAAAACCUGGUCCAGAAAAUGUUGAAUUGGAUUUUUGUACUGCUCACCCUAAUGUGCUGAUUUCAGAUUUUGGAACAAAAAUGGAAGAAUCCAGAGGACGUGUUCUAGAACCUGAGACGCCCGAGCAGUACACUCGCUUUUUAGGGGUUCUGGCAACGAAGGAGUACACAACAGGUCGCCACUAUUGGGAAGUUGAUGUCAAGUGCAAGUCAGUUUGGUAUCUGGGUGUCACAGAGGUUAGCAGUAAUCGAAAAGGCUACGUCAGUCUGACGCCAAGUGAUGGCUACUGGAGCAUCUGCCUGCAAGAUCAACUGUACGCCAACGAGGAUCACCGAGUCCCCAUACCAUAUGAGGGGGACAUAGCGCGAGUUGGUAUUUAUCUCGACUAUAAUACAGGGAUGGUCUCUUUUUACAAUGCUACUUUCAUGAAACACUUAUACACCUUCACUUCUGUAUUUGUUUCUCCCAUUAUUCCAUUUUUCAGUCCUGGCAAAAAUGACUUUUGCGGUCGCAUUAAAAUAUGCCAUUACGAUUAAAAGGACUAAUUACUUGACCAGGUAAGGUUUGUGAUUGAGUUGUUAUACUGUUUUUUUUUUUCUUUUUUUUAAGGACUUGCCAAGGCUGAAUAAAGAAAAAUCAGUAUAUUAGAAAUUGUCUGCUCCAGAUAAAACAUCCAUGUUGCAUUUAAAAGUAACAUAAAAGUGUGCUAACCUUUGAAAUAUAAAAAUACUCAAAGCCGUCCUCAACAUUGCAGUAGACGAUGGAUAACCCAUUUAUGAGGUAUUUUACUGUAGUGUAGUAAUAAUAAUAAUAAUACUGUGGACCGCAACAGUUUUUAAAGUUAAGAUUUAGUGCUAGAGUCGUAAAAUUAUACGUCUUUUAAAAUCCAAAUAUGUUUUUAGAUUUGUACAUUCUUUGUGUGUACUUUCCUGUUCUUUUGUUUUCUUGUAAUGACAUACUUACAACAGAUUUUAUAGGUAUAUAAUGCCUAGUUUUAGCAUUAUAGUAAUUUAAACUUCUGGGAUGUAAGGAAUUUGUUGAAUAAAUUCCUAUAUUAUAUUUUAAGCUUGGACCAAUUAUUUCUUACUUUUGUUUCCCUGCUCUGUGCAUUUUCUUCAUUCUAUAAGUUGUAAUACCCACGGUGGUUACUUUAACGUUUGUAUUUUUUAACGUUUUAUCUGAGUGGCUUUCAUUUACCUCUGAAACACCAGGUUAAGAGUUGCAUUUGAAUUUACAAAACCAAAAUUGUUUUUCCAAAAUUCUCAGAAUAUAACUGUUUUCCUUUCUUGAAUACUGGUGCCUACUACUGUAAUUAGAGAAACACUAAGGUUCUGCUUUGGAUUGUGAAAGCUGAAGGCAUGUAUACGUUUUUAGUCAGGUUUCCUUUUUUCUGCCUCUCUGUAGGAUUUUUUUAUUGAAUUGAAUGUCCACUGCCCAGUGCAGAAAAAUGAUGUUUACUGACAGUUUAUUGCAAUUAAAGUUCAAGAAAGACAAACUGAUAGAACAAAGUUCAUUUUGUUAGAUUUCACUUUCUACUGCUUUAUGGUGUCUUUCAAAUAAACCGUCUGUAUGCACUUUAA